GCGCAUACAUCGGAGAAUUCAGUCCAUGCUUUUGUACUUUCAUCGACAAAAUAGUGGAUGUCUUACUCAGAUUAUGCAUAGUUUGGUGUGAGUUCCUGCACCCGAACACAGAUACAAAAAGAUAAACCUGGUAUGUGCGCAGUGUCUUAAGACUGUAAAGUCAUUGCACCUUUUGUUGUUAUGGAGCAGAGAUUUAAUCAGUGAUAUCAUAGUUACAAAAAUAGUGCAGAUGUCAGCUCUGCAGUUUUUAGGUUUAAGAGAAAAUGUUUCACAGGUGUUGACUGAACUAUUCUGGGGCUCCUGAAUGAACCGAGUGAAGUGUUUGCGCACUAUAUUUUCCUUUCCUGUAGGUAAAAUGUGUCUUUCCACUCAUUUGAUAUCAGUGGCAAUGAUAAAACUCCAUGGGUCAUGGGAUGUUGUUGCUGAUAACUGCUUUUCGUUUGUGGCUACAUAACAGUGGCUUAUCAUGCUUUCUGUUCAUGAGUCAUGCGCUUCUUCACUCAGAGUCAUAAGGGUUUAUUAGGACAGUCGUGAACAGAAGGCAUGAAUGCAAAUCUCUUAAAUUUAAGUUCUGUUACUUGAGCGUUCUUCAUGUGUCAACACGACUGCAUUUACAGUGUUUGCUUUGAGCACCAGUGGCAGAGCUGGGGGUGUAAAUAUUGUCAUGACAUUUAAGCCAUAUCUCAAUCAGGAUUAGAUGUCAGCUAAGUGACUGCUGCAGCAAAAACAGCUGAGAACACAUUUAGUCUUUGUCACAAGACUUUCCUGAAGCUUUGUUCAGAUUCGGACAGUCUGAGUCAGGAUUUGAUACCAGAUUUCCUUCAGCUAAAGAGGAAUCACUUGGUAACUCAUGUGCCAUUUUAAUGAAUAAUUAUCUGAAGACCUGUCUCAGCCUCUCUGCUUUGAGUGAUUGUGGAUUCUAGGCAGAGUUAGUAAAUCAAUAUUUCAUCACUGUUGAUAUUAACACCCAGGGACUCGUGAUAGAGGUUGAGGGGAGAUGAGUCGGUGCCUGUCAGCCCCUGUGUGCCUCCCCCAUCAUGCAUUGGAGUGCCUCACAAAAUAAUCCUCCAGAGUUGUAGUUUACCUUUUGCCAAAUCCAAUUUUAAAAGCAAUUAGUUUAAUGGAUCUGUGUAUGUCUGCUUCCCUGAGGUGCUGCUGUAAUACAAAAGCAGGCUGCGUGCCUGCUGUGAUGCAGCAGGGUGAAAUUUAUGAAAGUGCAGGGGUUUGGUUUUGGCGAGAGAAGCGCUGUGUCACCAUUGCAGGGCGACGCUGGGGACUGUUUAGCAUCCCAGAGCAGGUUUGCAGGUUUUUCUCAAACUGCUGCAGUAGCUUGUUGUGAAUGUACUUGCAAAUUAGGGACCAGGGGAAAUCAUCAAUCAACAAGCACAUUUUGAAUAUGCAAACCUCUCAGCAUGACACAGCAUAUUUCAUGCUGAGAGCUGGACUACGUUGUGUGGGAGAUGCAAUUAGCACAAUUUGCAUGCCAUAUUGUCAGGCUGCUGCUACAGCCAAGGUCGCAGAGAGUUGUUUUAGUAGAUAUCAGCCGUGUGUCUCGUUUUGUCUGAACAUAACUGAGGAUGUGACAAGGCAUCCCCAGCUUCUUGCUGCUUAGCAACGUAAGGGAUUUCCUAAUAUGGCGAGGCGGCCAGGUUGCUCUGCAUGGAGGGGUGUGUCCACGGCGCACCGUGCUUCCUGCUUUUCGCCCACGCUUCGUGUCAGACACUUUUCAGUGCGGUCUACGGUUUAUUCGAAGGCAUGCUGGAGAAACUUGAACUAGAUGAUGAUGCUGCUGAACCUGAGAGUGAUAUUUACAUGCGCUUUAUGAAAUCCCACAAGUGCUACGAUAUCGUUCCCACAAGCUCCAAGUUGGUUGUGUUUGACACAGCGCUCCAAGUUAAGAAGGCGUUUUUCGCCUUGGUAGCCAACGGUGUGCGAGCUGCUCCACUGUGGGACACAGAGAAGCAAAGCUUUGUGGGAAUGCUGACAAUCACAGAUUUCAUCAUCAUACUACACAGAUACUAUAAGUCACCAAUGGUGCAAAUUUAUGAAUUAGAGGAACAUAAGCUUGAGACGUGGAGAGAGGUUUACCUUCAAGCAACAUUCAAGCCUCUGGUCAACAUAUCGCCGGAUGCAAGCCUGUUUGAUGCAGUGUACACCCUCAUCAAAAACAAAAUUCACCGCCUGCCUGUCAUCGACCCUGUCACAGGGAAUGCACUUUAUAUUCUCACACACAAGAGGAUCCUCAAGUUCCUCCAGCUGUUUAUGUGUGAAAUGCCAAAGCCAGCUUUCAUGAAGCAGACUCUCGGUGAGCUGGGGAUUGGUUCGUACCAUGACAUUGCUUUCAUCCACCCAGACACACCCAUCAUCAAAGCACUCAACAUCUUUGUGGAGAGGCGAGUGUCUGCUUUGCCUGUGGUGGAUGAUUCAGGCAAGGUUGUGGAUAUUUACUCCAAGUUUGAUGUGAUUAACUUGGCUGCUGAGAAGACGUACAACAAUCUGGACAUUACAGUGACGCAGGCGCUGAAACAUCGCUCUCAGUACUUCGAAGGAGUUAUGAAGUGCCACAAAAUGGAAACAAUGGAGACCAUUGUGGACAGAAUAGUCAAAGCUGAAGUACAUCGGUUGGUGGUGGUGGACGAGUGCUCCAGUAUCGAGGGCAUUGUUUCCCUGUCAGACAUCCUCCAGGCACUGGUGCUCAGCCCUGCAGAUGCCUGUAAGGAGGAGAACCUGACUGAAUGAGAGAGGAGUGCAUCGGCUUUACUGGAGAUGUGGUGGGAGUAAACAAAUUGAAAGGUUAAAGUCGGGAGUGUGAGGCUGAGUGGAGCCAGUCUGAAGUUCCCAGAGACGCCUGCACCAGAUGCACUAUAAAGGCUUGGAAUCCAAAGAGCUAGACAGCUGAGUGAAGUGGAGUUCUGCGCUGAGGAUGAAUUUUUGGGUUAUUUCAGUUUGUUUGAACACUGAUCAGAUGCACACAGUUCAUUACAGUACAGAGUAUAUAGACACACACUUUCUCUCAUACACACCCACACAUACAGACAAAUGCACAACAGCCCCUCUAGGUAAAGGGAGAAAAGUCAAGUCAGAUUCUGAUGAAUUCAGGACUCAGUGUUUUGGGGUUGUGUAGUUCCAGUGAUGCUGCUGUCAUCAGAUGAUGUAAGCCACAUGCUGUAGUUGACACUGAAUGUCAUCCCCUCCAGGAAACUUUGCUGUCGAAAAGUGAACAUUCACCGAUGCAACUGGGUUUGGAAGCCAAACUAAACUUCAACUACAGUGUGGCCAUUUUAUGACGGUUCAUAUAAAAGAAUGUUAGCCCGUGCCAAUACAGAGCGCUCAGUGCCCAGUCUUUAUUUGUGCCUUUUGUUAUACCAUCUCCACAUCAGUUUUGUGUCCUUUGAAUUUGUUGUGACAAAUGAGUGCAAUUAUUUGGGAUUGUAUAGAAGGUGAAUGUGUAAUACUGAAGUAGAUGGCAACUUGUACCGUCUGCUCUGACGAUUUUCAUUUAUUUGGUUGCAUUUUUUGUGACUAAUAUUUUAAACCGUGUCAAGAAUUUCGAGUACAUCAAACUCUGGUAAGGAAACCCUAAUUAAAGUCAAAAUUAGUUUGGCACUUUAAUGCGGUGCUGAGACAAAAAAAAAUAACUGUACAUUUACAAGGAUUCUAUGAGCGAGUCCCUGUUGCUCGUCCCUUAAAGAUGCUAGGGAUUUUUUACACUUGUUUUCAGUAGUUUUGAUGCUUCAGAUAAUCCGACACUCACAAACAUGCAAAGCGACUUGGUUGUCUCAGCUGUAGCUCGACAGAACUCAUCUCCAUCUUUGACUGUAAAUAGGAUCAUUUUUGGGAAACGUGUCACAGAAAGCUUUAUUUUUAUGAAUGUGUCAACAUGUUUAAAGAGACUGCAGUUUUAAUGUUAUUUUUGUAAAUACAUUGUGGCAAUAUGUCUAGUUCAGAGAAACUUUGUAUCAGAUCAACAUGUACUGUAAAUGUGCAAGCAUGAGAAACUACACUUCAGCAGUAUGAAUGUUAUUUGUUUUACUUUUUCUAUUUUUCUGGCUGCAGAAAAAUAAACGGACACUGAAUGUACUUUAAA